CGAGCAAAAAGUUCACACCCAGAGUAAAGUUCGGCGGCCUGACAAGGCGUAGAUCUUAAUAAGUAAUACGUCCAAACGACGGUCAGCCACAAAGUGGCAGGAUGAUGUUUACACUUCCGCCCCGAAUAGACUAUAAGGUGCCCCUAAUCACUAAUACGGCUCUUCACGCCUGUGAUUUGCGUUGAAAAAGAUAAUAAGAACCGCAGUUAACUACUUAUAUGAACUCCCAGGAUCCCUGAUUAACUUGACUUCGCUCUUAUAGGUGUUAGACAAGGGUAGAAACGUAUUAUACUCCGUAAGCUUCGUUUUAUAGCCAAUUGGUUAUAGUAGUCUCUUGGAAAGAUCCGUACUCCAUUAUUCCCGAAUAGAACUUUUGACUUCUUCCCGGAUAUUUCUCGGAGAACCAAAAAACAAUCUUGUUAUAUCUGAUAGGUUGAGAAUCUGAUCCGUCUUUAACUUCGCCGUAAGCUCUUCUUCCUCGGGUAGCCAUGGCGAUCCUUUCCUAGAAUUCUUCAGGAGCGUUGAACCCACGAGAGAAAUGAAGAAGCGAAGGGAGUAUCUCAAUGAGUACUUAUAGAAAAGCAACCCUCCCACGUUGCUGAGCAAGGUUGAUUGCGAAGUGGGAGAAGUUCUUCUGCCACUUAACCUAGCUUCAAUUGUCAAGCGGUCGCUGUGGGCGGCUUUCUCCGCGGUCGCCCUUUCGUUCAGCUUUCAUGCAGAUCACGGGGCAUGUCUGUGUGCUAGUCCUUGAGGACUUGAAUGCUCUUGAUUUCCAUGAUUUUGCGGAUUGGUGGUCAGAGGCCCAGCUCCGGUCGCGUCGAUUUCCUAGGAAAUUGCCGCAACGUCAGCGGGCGGUCAAGGCGGCAACACAGGCUCUUUUAAUUUUCUGUCGACCUUUAGUGACCGCUAGUAUUCCGCUUCAACGCCGAACUUACCGUUAGCCAGCGCCUUCUCGGUCAGUUAUCGUAUCGUUUCUCUUUACUUAUUUGGUUAGUGAGAUUACCCCUCUUUCUCUUGUAUUUAGUGCAGCUUCGCUGCUAUGUAUCAGGGAUACGCAGCACACACAUGAAACGCGGUCAUCGGUUCCCGUUGGCAGAGACCCUGCGGACAAUGGACCCCGCUCGGCUACAAGCCUUGGAAACAAUCGACCCAACUCCCCAACCGCCAUGGCAAGCGCCAGCCUUUACAGAAAUCGACAUCGAACCAGACCGGGACAAAGCCAAAGAGAAAGCAUCUGCCAGACAGAAAGCAGCCGGUAUCACAGUCUUCUCUGAUGCAUCAGGCCAACGUAAUUGCCUAGGAGCUGCUGCGGUAGCUCUAGAUCAGAGCCAAAACAUAAUCCAACACCGGAAAGUCUGCAUUGGCUCAAUGGAGCACUGGUCUGUAUAUGCAGCGGAGCUCAUGGCGAUAUACUAUGCCAUUAGCCUCGUACUGAAGAUAAGGAUGGAAAACCAAGACAGCCCAGCGAAUAAGCAGGAACCGGCAACUAUCCUAAGUGACAGUAUGUCUGCAUUACAAGCCAUCUCAAAUGCGUGGAACAAGUCAGGCCAGAGGAUAAUCCAAGCGAUUCGGCAAUCAGCCCAAGAGUUAAAAGCGCGAGGGAUCCCACUCCGUCUUCAAUGGGUCCCAGGGCACUGCGGUGACCCAGGCAACGAGGCAGCUGAUCGGCUGGCCAAAGGAGCAGUUGGACCAGAUCAGGAACACCCCUUUCAACACCUCCUCUCACGGGAAAAGGGAUUUAUCCGCAACAGAAUCCAGAAAGAAUGGGGACAGGAAUGGAAGGCGUCCAAGAAAGGUGGCCAUCUCCGCCGGAUAGAUAAGGAUCUACCGUCAAUUCGUACCCGGAGAAUGUACGGCUCGCUGCAACGGAAUAGAGCCUACCUGCUCACCCAACUCCGGACCGGCCAUUCAUGGCUAGCAUCACACGGCAAACUACACCAGUUUAGAGAAGAUGAUAAGUGCGAAUGUGGAGCAGCGGAGACAGUAGUCCACGUCCUGAUUGACUGCCCAAGGCUAAAGGUCAUACGACAAGAGCUACGGAGGAAAAUCGGGACCGCAUUCAACGAUAUAUCAGGUAUGUUGGGAAGGGGAUCUCAAGGUAAGGAAGGUAAGGAGGAUGAUAUGCAAGGUGGUAGCAUCCUAGGUGCAGUACUGGACUUUGCAGAGGCAUCACAGAGAUUCCAAAGCCGCGCGCCACAGGGCCGCUGAACAGAACAUCAGGCAUGUUGGCCACUACAGGCCGUGACGAGGCUCCAAAUUCGUCUGGAAGUAAUGGUUUACUGUAUAUAGACAUAGACAUAGACAAGGAUUAGAUAGGGGUAUCCUGCAUAUUGCUUCGGCAGUUGGAUUCUAAACCAUAACCCACUAGGCUGGGUACGGAUUCGUAUUUUAGUCUAGUUGGGAAAUCAACAUCGGCGAGGGGUCAGGGUAUGAAUACACCACCACCACCACCACCACCACCACCACCACCACUACGACUGUAUCAGGGCAGUGUGCCGGCUUUGCCUGUUGUACAGUAUGAAGACCCUGAACAUAGAGAUAUUUGAACCGCGCAUUUCCCCUGAGAGUACCCCAAAGUCAUGGGAAUAUUAGCA